GAGCCGGAGCCGGAGAACAGAAGGCGGCGGCGGCGGCGGCGGCGGCGGCGGCGGCAGCAGAAGAGAAGGAGGAGAAGGAGGACUAGACCAUGGCGGCGGCAGCAGCGGCGGCGCAGCCCCAGCUGCAGACUUUGACUCUCUCAGGAAGCGCUUGAGUGGACUGCGUUGUCAGAAUCUUAAGAAUGAUUAACCCCCAGUUAGGCUGAAGUCAUCUUCACUGAGUCAAAACACCUCCCUUGGACUCAUCGAUGGAGUUAUAACCUCCCUCAUUUGGGCCUCUGGUGAACCUUUUCUUUUCCCCUUCAAUUUCCUCCAUCCCUAACCAUUUCUGAUGAACAUCCCUGAGAUCCUGAGCCUUCCCGGCAUGGCGAGCCCAGCCCUCAGCCCUGACUCCUCUUCCCAUGAGGCCCUUUCAGGCCCUGCCUGUUCCCCCACCUCAGAUUCUGAGAACCUCAGCCCAGAUGAACUGGAGUUAUUAGCUAAACUAGAGGAACAGAAUCGGCUUCUGGAGGCUGACUCCAAGUCGAUGCGUUCCAUGAAUGGUUCUCGGCGAAACAGCGGCUCUUCCUUGGUCUCCAGCUCCUCGGCCUCUUCCAAUCUUAGCCACCUGGAAGAGGACACUUGGAUUCUCUGGGGCCGAAUUGUUAAUGAAUGGGAGGAGUGGCGACGCAAAAAAGAAAAGCUGCUCAAGGAGCUGAUCCGGAAAGGCAUCCCUCACCACUUCCGUGCCAUUGUGUGGCAGCUUCUCUGCAGUGCCACCGACAUGCCAGUGAAGAACCAGUACUCUGAACUACUCAAAAUGUCGUCUCCUUGUGAGAAACUGAUCCGCCGGGACAUCGCCCGGACCUACCCUGAGCAUGAGUUCUUCAAGGGGCAGGACAGUCUAGGCCAGGAAGUCCUCUUCAACGUCAUGAAGGCUUACUCCCUAGUCGACCGAGAGGUGGGCUACUGUCAGGGCAGCGCCUUCAUCGUCGGCCUGCUCCUGAUGCAGAUGCCUGAGGAGGAGGCGUUCUGUGUAUUUGUGCGAUUGAUGCAGGAAUAUCGUCUACGGGAACUUUUUAAGCCCAGCAUGGCUGAGCUGGGGCUCUGUAUAUACCAAUUUGAGUACAUGCUACAGGAGCAGCUUCCAGACUUGAACAUUCACUUUCGAUCUCAGAGCUUCCAUACUUCCAUGUAUGCCUCAUCCUGGUUCCUCACACUCUUCCUCACAACCUUUCCUUUGCCAAUUGCCACCCGAGUCUUCGACAUCUUUAUGUACGAGGGACUGGAAAUUGUGUUCCGGGUGGGUCUGGCCCUGCUUCAGGUGAACCAGAUGGAGCUGAUGCAGUUGGACAUGGAGGGCAUGUCACAAUACUUCCAAAAGGUGAUACCCCAUCAGUUUGAUAGCUGUCCUGACAAGCUGAUUCUCAAGGCCUACCAGGUCAAGUACAAUCCCAAGAAGAUGAAAAGGUUGGAGAAGGAAUAUGCUGCCAUCAAAAACAAAGAGAUGGAAGAGCAAAUAGAGAUCAAAAGGCUACGGACAGAGAACCGGCUCCUGAAGCAGCGGAUUGAAACACUAGAGAAGGAGAGUGCUGCUCUGGCUGAUAGGUUAAUCCAGGGGCAGGUCACCAGAGCCCAAGAGGCCGAGGAGAACUAUGUCAUCAAAAGGGAGUUAGCUGUGGUGAAGCAGCAGUGCAGCUCAGCCACUGAGAACCUCCAAAAGGCUCAGAGCACCAUCCGGCAGCUCCAGGAGCAGCAGGAUAAUCCUCGCCUAACAGAAGAGUUUGUGACCCAUCUAGAGACAGAACUGGAGCAAUCUCGAAUGCGUGAAACAGAGACCCUGAGUGCCCUCCGAGAGAUGCAGGACAAAGUCCUGGACAUGGAGAAGAGGAACAACUCACUUCCUGAUGAGAACAAUGUGGCCCGGCUACAGGAAGAACUGAAAGGCCUAAAACUUCGGGAGAGUGAGGCUGUGGCCUCCCUUCGGGAGCUGAAAUUGCAGGUUCAGGAGCUCACAGACAGCUGGCAGGCCCACCUCUCCCGGGGAGGGAGAUGGAAGGAGUCUCCCCGGAAGCUGGCCCUUAGUGACCUACAGGAUGAACUGAUGACCGUCCGGCUGCGAGAGGCCCAUGCUCUGGCUGAAGGGAGGGAGCUGCGGCAGCGAGUGGUGGAGCUGGAGACACAGGACCAGAUCCAUCGAAACUUGCUGAACCGUGUAGAAGCAGAGAGUGCGGGCCUGCAGGAAAAGCUCCAUUACCUGGUGGCUCAGAACAAAGGCCUGCAGACCCAACUGAGUGAGAGCAAACGCAAGCAUGCUGAGGCUGAGUGUAAGAGCAAGGAGGAGGUGAUGGCAGUAAGGCUCAGGGAGGCAGACAGCAUGGCUGCUGUGGCAGAGAUGAGGCAGCGGAUCGCAGAGCUGGAGAUUCAGAGAGAAGAAGGUAUGAUCCAGGGACAGCUCAACCACUCCGACUCCUCCCAGUACAUCCGUGAGCUCAAGGAUCAGAUUGACGAACUCAAGGCCGAGGUUCGGCUACUGAAGGGCCCGCCCCCAUUUGAGGACCCCUUGGCAUUCGACAGCCUCCAUUUGGUUCGUCAUUUGGAUGAGGACUCUCUGCCCUCCUCCGAUGAGGAGCUCCUGGGGGUGGGGGUGGGAGUGGGGGCAGCUCUGCAGGACGCCCUGUAUCCUCUCUCCCCCCGAGAUGCCCGGUUCUUCCGCCGACUAGACCGCCCCGCCAAGGACAGUGAGGGCAGCACGGACAGCGAAGCUGAUGAGCUGGCCCCUUCCUAUGGCCAGAACCUGGGUAACUGAGGAAUGACUGUCUCCUUGGCCCGCCCCAUCUGGGGCCCAGACCUCUCAUGUUUGGGGGGUAGGAGGGCAGGCUCUUCCCAACCUCCAUUCAGCGUUCUUCCUGGAGGGGCUGUCCCCUCCCUACCAGGACGAGAGGGAGUGGGGCACAUCCGGGUGUGCCUGCCCCUCCACAGAGUGCAUCAGAACAUCUACCUUGAGUGUUGUCUACACUGCCCUCUUCCAGGGGCACCUGUGAUUCACUGUAUUUAAACUCAGCUCCAUUCUGUGGCUCCCUUCCCAUCUCCCACCAUCCUCCUUCCUUUCAGGGGCUUUCUAAGGCAGGGACUGGGAGACUCUGGGAGUCACAAGCUCCCCUCCGCCUUGGAACACUUCGGUGGUCUCUGAGUUUCUGAUUGUUCCCAGUGUUAUUUAUUUAUCUACAAAAGGGUUGUUUUGUUCUCCUCCCCCAUCCCCGACUGCCCAGGACCAGAAAGCACUGCCGUUCCCUCCCAAGAGAGCAGCACAGGCACUGGGGCAAGGAGGGGCGUAGAGGACCAAUGAUCAGGACUGGCCUCUGUGGCAACUGCUCUCUUCUCCGCCUCCAUUCCCAGGACUAGUCUGUCUUCUCCAGGGACUUGAGAGCUAAGGACACAUAGACUUUCCUCUCCCACCCCAUCCUUGGAGAGGUGCUUCAGAUUAACCAAGUCCCCGCCUGCCAGUUCUGCACCUCCAUGUUUGGGGGUUGGUGGGGGGAAUUGGGGAGAGGGUGAGAUUCAGCCAUUAGCAAACCUGACAAAAGAAUCAAGAGCAAAAGAUUGCCUCCUGAGAAAAAAAAAAAAAGAGAGACCAGGUCUUGGCAGAUGGGUCAUGGCCAUAGGACUCCCAGGGCCAUGGCCUAGUGUCAAAGCAAGAACAGGAUUCUCUUUUCUGUGAUGUAAAAGACCACCAGCUGCCCCUGAGCUAUGGCCUCCUCCUCCUGUCAGGCUGACACAAGAGGCUGGCUCACAUCCUUGAAGAUACAGAAUGUACAAGCCCCCCAACUUCCUCUGUUUGCCAGGCCUUUUGUGGUAUCUUCCCUCUGGAGCUCCUUGGCCCUGGCAUGUCCAAGCUCUCCACUCCUAGCUCCUUCCUUCCCAGACCAUUCCCUUGUAGCUCCUGAGGUGAGGGGGAGGGGGGAAGGGAAUGAGGGGGGGGGGAGAUUGGCCUUGGAAUAGGAGACCAGGUUAGGGCAGGUCCCUUGUCAGUUUGGACGCUGCGCCUUCCAUUAGCAGCUGCCUCUUCCUCCCUGUGCCAAUUCCAUUUUCUGACCAUAUUGUUUCUCCACCACUCCCUUCUUGCCAUCAGCCAAGCCAGUACCUGGGUCAGUGCCCCUGGAGGAACAGGCCCUUUUUCUGCUAAAACCAAAGUCAUCCCAGUCUGGGGAGCAAAUAUCUAAGGAAAUGUUUAGAAGCAUCUGCUAAUCAGCAUCUCGCCCACCCACCUGUCACCAGUCCCAGAUAAGUAAGCUGCUGUGUCCGGAGGGCUGAGGAGAGUUUCUUUGGGCCACGGGUGGAAAGGAGGAAUCCUCAUGUGGCUCCCAAGCUGAGAGAGGAACUGCUUUAGCCACUGCUAGAGGUAGCGAAGAGCACCUUCGGACCAUCCUAGUCCCAGACCCUGGAGCUCCCUCACCAUCCAGAGCCUGCUCAUUCCCCCCACGGAGCAGUCUUCCCCUACACUUAGCACUUUGCUUUCUAAGAUUUUCCUGGUGUUUCUUUUCUUUGCCAACAUUAAAGGUGCUGCCGGGCUUCCUCACAGCCAGAUGGUGACCAGACCCCAGACGGAAAGGCUGAGGGGGAGGGAGGAUUUUCACUCGAGUGUCUUAUCCUGUUUGUCUCUCCCUGGAGUGCAGUAUCAGUAUUCAGCAUACAUCUGUGCCCCUCUAGAUCCCCCAUAUUCACUCCAAGAGGGUUCACCAACUUCGCAGAAGCCACCUAGGAGGGGAAAGAAUUUGGGCAAAGAGGAGUGGCAAUGUUUCCUUGGUAGGCCCUGCCCUAGGAACCUGCUUGUAGAAUUCGUGCCUGUGGCCAUGGGAGGAUGAAGUGCCAUAUUCAUUGAAGAAUAAGACUUCUGGUCUUCCAUUUCAUCCCGAUUCCUCCCCUUUGGGCUCUGCUUGCUGAGUUUGGGAACUUAGGUGCCAAAAUCCAUGAAGUGUCUACUUAAGCUGCUCUGGGGGCAUGCUCCCCUCAAACACAUACUAUACCCUAAGUGUUACUCUUUGUCCUUACAGGAGGAUUUGCCCCAACUCUCUCCUCACACCUUGUUACUCUGGUCCUCCCCCAAUCACUGAGAGCUUAUGGCUCCAGGGCAGCCCACCACAUUGGUGCUCCCAAAGCUAUCUCCUGAUCCUGACCCUAUUGCCCCUGCCCCUUAGCUGAUAUCAGAAGCAAAUAGUCUGAUCUAUACUUAAUUCAUAGGAAAGCCCCUGUGGGGCAGGUUUCCCACUCUCUUGACUCCACCCCUUUUCUCUCACACAUACACAACAUCCCUUCCCUCUGGCUCUGUCCCCUGUGCUGAGACCAGAAGUAGUUGAGGGUGAUUGGUACUCUGCAGGUAUCUGGCCUGCUCUGAAGUGUCUUGUCAGGUGUAAGUGUAUGGCCUCCACCUCCCCCUCUGCCCACCACCAUCCUCACACUGCCUGUACAAACCCAUGUGUCUCCACACAAGGUUGGAAAGACAAAUAAUAAAGCAUAUUUACACGGUCUUAGAA